CCAGCUUCCACGCCCGCUACAGCAUUCCUCCUCCGUGGAACUCGCACGGAGCACUGCGAGCCCAUCAACCAAGAUGGUUCUCUCUUUCAUACUUGUUCAGAAUCGCCAGGGCAAGACCCGACUUGCGAAGUGGUAUUCGCCGUACAGUGAUGAUGAGAAAGUGAAACUCAAAGGCGAGGUUCAUCGAUUGGUGGCCCCACGAGAUCAGAAAUACCAGUCGAACUUUGUCGAGUUCAAGCGAAGCACUAAGAUUGUAUACAGAAGAUACGCGGGUCUUUUCUUCUGUGCUUGCGUCGAUGCGACGGAUAAUGAGUUGGCAUACCUUGAGGCGAUUCACUUCUUCGUGGAGGUCCUGGAUCAAUUCUUCGGUAACGUGUGCGAGUUAGACUUGGUAUUCAACUUCUAUAAGGUAUAUGCAAUCCUAGACGAAGUCUUCCUUGCGGGUGAAAUCGAAGAGACGAGCAAACAAGUCGUUCUAACGAGGUUGGAACAUUUGGAUAAGCUGGAGUGAUCAUUGGAUUUGAGCCGAAUGGACGAUAGAGAUGGACGAUAGACCAUGGCCUGCAUAUAUGGGAUUUGCAUGGGUGACCGCGGGUUAUGGUCAUAGCUGGAGUUACAGGAGUCAUCUGUUUAUUCUAUUUUCAAGUUCUUUCCGGCCAGCAAUGGUCAGAAGCCGGCAUAACUUCCUCGUUUGCGAUUGCUAUACCCUCUUUUAAUGUCAACGUACCUUGGUCCUACGCAUCUUUCCUAAUGCGCAAGAUGUGUGGAAGCAACUUUCAAAACCAGAUAAUGAUUUUCCUUAGCCAAGCACAGUUUAGGUCUUUGUAAUGUAAUGGGAGACCAGUUUUGGAUGUUGCCUGGAGC